UCUCCCUCUCUCCAAGAACUGCCCAGGAGUGAGCUGCUGCUCUCGGUCCACCAGGCCUGAUACAGACACUUGGACAGCCUGACAUCUUAGCCUACCAACUAGGCAGCCUGCACCUGGCUGCUUCCACGCCCCAGGGACAACCACCAUGCGACCCCUGUGGCUCCUCGUGUCUCUGCUGGCCCUGAGCCAGGCUCUGCCCUUUGAGCAAAAGGGCUUCUGGGACUUCACCCUGGAUGAUGGGCUGCUCAUGAUGAAUGAUGAGGAGGCUUCAGGUGCCGACACGACCUCGGGUGUCCCUGAUAUGGACGCCGUCACACCCACCUUCAGCGCCAUGUGUCCUUUUGGCUGCCACUGUCACCUGCGGGUUGUUCAGUGUUCUGACUUGGGGCUGAAGACUGUACCCAGGGAAAUCUCACCUGACACCACGCUGUUGGACCUGCAGAACAAUGACAUCUCAGAGCUCCGCAAAGAUGAUUUCAAAGGCCUCCAGCACCUCUAUGCCCUUGUCCUGGUGAACAACAAGAUCUCCAAGAUCCACGAGAAGGCCUUCAGUCCCCUUCGGAAGCUGCAGAAACUCUACAUCUCCAAGAACCACCUGGUGGAGAUCCCUCCCAAUCUGCCCAGCUCCCUGGUGGAGCUGCGCAUACAUGACAACCGCAUCCGCAAAGUGCCCAAGGGGGUGUUCAGUGGGCUCCGGAACAUGAACUGCAUUGGAGUGAAGGAAGCAGGUGUGGACACCCAGAGCAGCCUGCCCCCACCCCUGGAGAUUCUGGGGGCAUUUGCCAACAGGGCCAGAGCAGAGGCCUCAGGCACAGAGUUGGGCUCCCCAAGAGCUGCGCCAGAUGCCCAGACACUUAUAGUCCAGGGCAGCUAUAACGAUGCCAUGCCUGCCCUCAAGCUCACCACCAUGGCCCUCAUACAUCCAGCUUCAUUCCUCCUGGAAGAAUCCAGAAGCAAGCACAUCCCAUACUGGCAUGGCUUGGAAGGGAUGGCUGUGGCCCAGAGGCAGUUAAUGUGGGACAGGGUGGCAGUUAGGUGGGUCCAGGCAGAAGCAGGGCUUAUGGGCCACCAGCUGUCCCAUGUGCCCUGGACAGUGAUGCAGUACCUCGGCAUUGCCAUCAAAGGUGGGGCCUGGCUGACAGCCGGGGAGGAGUAG